AUGAGAAGGCCGGGUGCGCGCGGGUGGGCGUCGGUGCUGCUCCUCGCGCUCGUGUGGAGCAGCGCGUGCGUCGGCGCGGACGCCCGGGAUCCGUGGUACAGGCGGGGUAGGCGCGAGCGACCGGGGAUACCCCUCUGGAAACCACCCGGUAGUGCCGAUGUUGAACCGAUCGUGGUCGAGGUGACGGAGUCUGCGCCCGAGGACGCCGCCCCCGCGCCUCGGAUAGACACCAUCGAGGCGAUCGAAAACGUUGACCUGGAAGCACCGGGCGCGCUCGAGAAGGCCCUGGCGGCACGCGCGCGCGCAUCGGACAAGGAGCUCAUGGUCCUGGCCGUGGGCGACACGAGGGACCACAGGAGGAUGCACAAGGACCCGGCGCUGUCGCAGGUGUCGGUGGACUUCGCGAUUAACCUGGUGGAGAACCUCGCGGCGCUGGGUCUGCGCAACUACCUCAUGCUGACCUCAUCCGCGCAGCUGUGCGACGAGCUCAGACGCGACGCCGACGUCGACGGUUGCGCGCACAGCUCGCACCUGACGGAUCGCGAAAAAGAGCUGCAGCGGUGGGGGUUGAAACCGGGCGACAUGUUCCUCCUGUGGGCGCAGCAGUGGAGGGUGGUGCAGCGCGCGCUGGAGGCGGGGUACUCGGUCAUGCGCGUCGACUCCGACGUCGUGUUCCUGGAGGACCCGUACUUGGCGCUGCGCGGCCCGCUGCUGUCGCCCUUCGCGAUGGUUUCGCAAACCGACGUCUUCGACCUCGGGACGCGACCGCGAUGCGACGCCGACACGGGCGUCACGAACGAACCCGGCCACCCCGAUGUGAAGCGGUGCGAUUCAUCCUCGCUCAAGUCGCAGCCGCAGCUCAACAUCGGCCUCGUGUACUUUCGGAGAAGUGCGAUGGCGGACGACGGACCUACGCUCGGCGUGAUUAAAGACAUGUUGAAAGCGUUCACCGCCAAACUCCUCGGCGACGUCCAGGUGAACGACGACGGGAACCCCAUCGCGGAGGCGCUCUUAGAUCAGCCCCUGUUCCGGGAGGCGGUGAGUCAACGGGUGAGGCGUGGGAGCGGGUGGAAGGUGGCGAGCGGUUCGAGCGGGGAGGUGUACGCGAGUAUUGGGAGCGACGGGGAUGCAAGCGACGGGGCCGCGGUUGGCGACGAGUGUCCGCACGCGCGGACGACGUGCGACGCGAUCGCGGCGGAGCGGCGAAGGACGGACAUCGCGUUCGCCUCGCUGGGCGAGGGAGAAGGGAGCGAGCUGGCGGCGGGGGCGCCGGACUGGCUCUUCGGACGGGGCUGCGUCAAGACCGUGGCCGACGCCCCGCGCGCGCUCGCGCAUCUUCGAUCGAUUCGAUCGACGAACGCGCCGGCUUCAAUCGACGGGAGCAGCGAGAACGGGACGUGCGAGACGAGAGCCGGCGUCGUCAACCGCGCGCCCGGCGUCGGCGGCGUCGGCGGCGGCGUCGUCGCCGUGCACAUGGUGUACAGCAAGGCUCGCAAGCGCGCGGACGCGAUGGAGGCGAUGGGUUGGUGGCGCGCGAGCGUCCGUCGUCCGGGAGGAGGACGCGGGGGCGGCGAAGUAGGAGGCGCGGAGGAGGAGGCGGGGAUGGCGAAGAAGGAUGGCGAAGCAGGAGAGCAGUCUCCGUCGGGGGUGGCGUCCGCCUCGGCGGGGGGGUCCUCUUCCCCGGGUGACGGUUCGGUGGACGGCUGCGUCGGCCGCGAUGGGGCUGGCGUGCUCUUCUCGCACACGUACUUUCGGCAGAACCCGCCGGGCGCUCGGGCGUUUGUGUGCGCGGGGGGCACCCCCACCGGCACGUGCCCGUGCUGCGAGCCCGUUCCCGACGAGGAUGGCGAGGAUCGGUCGUGGGUGCGGAACGUGGCGAAAGGGGUCGGGCUCGUCGCGCUGUCGCCGGAGGACCGCGAGGAUGCGUUGACGGGGCAGAGGCUGGAGGACCACAUCGCGACCGCGCCGGGUUGCGGGAUGCACCAGAACGGCGGGUGGAACGAGUUCUGGGACAGGUGA